AUAAGUGCAUUUCAGAUGGAUGCUUGGAUCCGAAGGAGAUUGAGAUAUAAAAUGCACUUCAACGCUGGUUCGAUAAGAUUCUGCACCAAAGACUUUUAACACUUUACGACGAAAACCCCCACACUUGAAGCCUGGGAAGGAAAUUCCACAUAAUGAAGAUCUCCAACAUCCUUUUAACUACCAUCUUCAUGGGCGCUAGGGCUAUGGCUAGCCCAGCUCCUAAGAACGCCAACGUUGUGACAGCCGAAUCCACUGCGGCCGGGGACCCAUGCGUUGAAGGUGCAUUCUAUUGCGGAUGGUUUCUAGGCGGCAUGGGCUUCUCUCCUAUUGACAAUCGGGCACUGUAUUACUGCAGCAAGCCUAGAUCAGCGGUCUGGGUCAAUGCUUGUGACUAUGGAGAAGGAUGCAAGGGACCGUCGGCUCAUUGCGAUGGCUGGUAGAAGUUGCUCCGGAUUCAACCCCUCUGUGAUAGAUGAUGUUCUGUAUAGGGCGUGACUAUAGUCCAUUGUUGGUUGAAUUCAGGGGAGGUUUAUACUUCAUAUCUCUCGGUCA